AAAGCUUUAAGCUAUAACACAGCUAUACGAUGGAUAACGCUAUGGACGACACAAAGAACACCAAUGUUCUCAAGAAACCGAAAGCACCGAAACAACCACGGCCACCUCUGACGCUCGGGGACAUGGGUGAAGUGCCGGCUUUAAUGAACACUGGCGACCCUCGAUCUGGGAAGCGUGUGCGCCUAACAGUUCUCGCCUUCCCUUUUCCUCCAGAGAGACAAGACGAGUGGGCGGACCGACACAAAUUCGCGCUUGACAUGAACCAGGAUAACCGCCAAUUCCAGACCAUCAUGGAAGUCCGAAGCCGACUACCCAGGACGUGUCGACUUGGCCUCGUGCCCUACAAUGGCAAGCGCAAUGUCGGAUGCACCGCUAUCAUCGUCACGUCGAAUGCAACGCUGGUGGAGUUGGAGCGGGGCACGGAUCUGGAGCUUAUACGGGCAGUGCAGAAGGUUUUGGGAACCAGGAAGCCCCCGUACUGGGUCAGGCCGGUCCCUCAAUGCCCAUUGUACAAAUUUUUGUGCGAUUUCAUACACGAGGUUGAAAUCAGUUGGGAGACGUUCUCUGUCUCCACUAUUCCACCAGUAUCUUGUAAUUGUGUACCCCAACCUGCUUCGUUUGGCGCCGGCGCUGGCUCCUCUCCACCACUCUGCUUCGUUCAUCCACCACCUUCCUUGUUUGACGUCGUUAUGGCGUCGAACAGCUUUAACAACCUUGUCAAUCCCUUGUUUCGCCACCGCUGGCUCUUCUCCACUUUCCCUUUGCCACCUUGCAUCAUCUUCAUCAGCUACCCUGUGUCUGCUUCCCCGCAAGAUACUGAAUGCAAGUUCAAACCUGCAACUGUCGACGUUGUUGACGGAGACGUAUGCGGAGAACGAGGCGUGAAGAAGGAAUUGACGAAUACGAGGAAACACGCGGAAAAGGCUGAGCGGCUGUUGCAAGCGCUAACGGAUGCGUCGUCGUCGUCGCCCUCGUUUGAAUCGUCGGCGAAGCGAGUACAGAGGGCGGAGAUAGCAAGGGACGAAGCGGAGUCAAGGAGAAGGGCCGUCUUGGAGAAUUGGAUGCAACUCAAUCGUUGGCUGCAGAUGGUUGACUUGCGUAAUCAGGAAGCGAGGCGUUUGGGAGGAUUUAUGACUUUGGGAUUUAUUGGCACUCCGUUGCAGGGUACAUCCUCCAUGGCGCCUCCACCACCGCCGACUUCUCAACCACCGAGGAGACAUGCUACAAGGACCCCUUUUCCUGCUUUACCACCCCCUACCACUUCUUCAUCAACCACGACAACAUCCCGCAGAGCGCGCACGCCAAGCUUAGAAAGCAAAUACACCCACCCUCCAUCAAAACGAUCCUGCGGGAAUGGAGAACCGGGGAUGUCUUAUUCCGACUUGAAUCGUGAUCACAUGCUCGACUCGCCGUGGCCUGCACCGUCCGAGAGCCUAGAGGGCGCGUUGACGUUGAGAGCUCUGGUUGCUAAUCUCUUUGGCAAUUCCGUGGGGAAUGCGCUUUCUUUCUCGGAUUCCGAUCUUGUAUCCACGAACGCAGAGCCGGAUGACAUCUCAAACUCGCUCAUAUCGGGCAUCUCUGCUGCCCUUUCUGACGCGAGCCCGUUGGAAAGAGAAGCGGUGGAGAAGUACAAUUGGAAGUUGUUGGUGCCCGUUUACGUGGAGAACGUCUACGCGCUAGGGGAGUUCAUUUCCCCUGCCGAUAUUGGUCUUGAUGUUCCGGCUGUAUACAUUAGGGUGAUUUCGAGUGGGGUUAACUCUGGGUUAGACCAUUGGAAGAUUGCGCUACCACACCUUUUGGUUCAUGAGUACGAAUUUGAAGAUCAGCUUGUUCUCGAGCAGAUACGAGGCCAAAUUUAG